GGUGCUCAUUUAGCGAAGAAUCUAGACAGAGUUUGGGCUCGGGGUAGCAACUUAAAGAAGUCACAGGGUUUGUUUAUACAGGCCUCUAGGCCCAAAUCCCCUGACUCUGAUGAUAAAGGGGUCCUUCUAUCUUCAGGUGCAGGGAGUACACCUUUCACACGAGAGAUUUAUUUCCUGCUUUCAGGGAGACAGAAAGGAGGGUCAGAGUGUUGGCCAUUUCUUAAGUAACUUUAAUUCAAAAUAAUCAAUAUGACAGGCCUUUACACCACGUAACAAGCAGAAAGGAGAAAGUCUGUCAGAAAUUAAGGAGUAACUGGGGCUUCCCUGGUGGCACAGCAGUUAAGAAUCUGCCUGCCAAUUCAGGGGACACAGGUUCGAGCCCUGGUCCGGGAAGAUCCCACAUGCCGCGGAGCAGCUAAGCCCGUGGGCUACGACUACUGAGCCUGCGCUCUAGAGCCCGUGAGCCACAACUACCGAGCCCACAUGCCACAACUCCUGAAGCCCGCACGCCUAGAGCCCAUGCUCUGCAACAAGAGAAGCCACUGCACUGAGAAGCCCGUGCACCGCAACAAAGAGUAGUCCCUGCUCGCCGCAACUAGAGAAAGCCUGCGUGCAGCAACGAAGCCCCAACACAGCCAAAAAUAAAUAAAUAAAAUAAAUAAAUUUAUUUUAAAAAAAAGAAAUUAAGGAAUAACUUUUUACAACAUUUUAGGUUACAAUUUAACAUCAUGAAGAGGAGAAGAAAACUUGAGGCCCUAAACAAAGUUUCAAUAUUCUCUUGGAAACCAGUACAAACUAUAUUGAUAAAUAUUUAUUUCUAAUUUAAAUGCCAAAAGUAAUUACUUUUUCUUACUAACUACCACAGGAAAAAAUUACCCUAAGUUGUUUUUAAAAUGCAAAUUUUCAUAACUAGGAUAUUACAUCUCAUAGUUAAUACAUACUUUGCUUAAUAGUAAAACUAUCUCUUACCGGAUUAAUUUAAAAAUCCUGGGCCCUCGGGCCGUCCCCCAGCCCUGGAAGACACUGGCUGCCCCAAGGGGGCAGCUUGGCUGCUGGCGGUGUGGCAGAUUAGGGAGGGAACGAGGAGAAAAGCAAACGGCCGUCUCUUCCCCGCUCCAGAGCGUGCUCGCGUUCCUGCUGGGGCUUUCGAGAAUCUCGAGGCAAUCUUGCAAGCCGUAUUUGAACUGGCCAAAGACAACUUCAGACCUGUAUAAUGUAACAGAAAAGGUCAGAAAACAUUAGGCAGUAGAAGUGUGAGCAUAUUAAGUAAGAUGAACGUCUCGGGAAGCAGUUGCGGAGGCCCCAGUUCUGCAGAUGUAUCUAAUGACUUUAAGGAUCUUUGGACAAAACUAAAGGAGUAUCAUGAUAAAGAAGUACAAGGUCUACAAGUAAAAGUAACCAAACUGAAAAAGGAACGAAGUUUAGAUGCACAGAGACUAGAAGAAUUCUUCACCAAAAAUCAACAGCUGAGCGAGCCACGGAAAGUCCUUCAUGAAACCAUUCAAGUUUUAGAAGAUCGAUUCAGAGCAGGAUUAUGUGGUCGCUGUGUGGUAACUGAAGAACACAUGCGGAAGAAACAGCAAGAGUUUGAAAAUAUUCGACAGCAGAAUCUUAAACUUAUCACAGAGCUUAUGAAUGAAAAGAAGCAGGAAGAAAAUAAAAAUCUUUCUGAACAGCUGCAGCAGAAAAUUGAACAUGAUCAACCACGUCAAGCACCCGGUCUUGAAUCUGAGGAAGAUGUUAUUCCAGAUUCACCAAUAACAACCGUUUCAUUUUCUGGCGCUAACCGAUUACGAAGGAAGGAGAACCUCCACGUCCGACACGUCGAACCAACACAUACUAAACUGGAGCACUCUGGGUGUGCACGUGAAUGGAGAAAAGUACCACAGUCUUCAACUCAUUCACAACAUAAACAUAAUGAACGUGAAAUUCUAGUGGCUGACACUGAUCAGAGUCAAGCUCCAGUGGCCAACACACAUGGAAAAAGCAGUUGUCCUCCUGAUGAUUUAGCCGCAGUUGUUGCUGAAACACUUGGACUUAGUGUUCAAGACGAGUCUGAAUCUCGAGGUCCUAUGAGCCUUCUUGGUGAUGAGCUCUACCACUGUCUGGAAGGAGAUCACAAAAAACCUUUUGAGGAAUCUAGAAGAAAUAGUGAAGAUAGUUUAAGAUUUUCAGAUUCGAAUUCAAAGACUCCUCCUCAAGAAGAAUUGACUACUUGGGUAUCAUCUCCUGUAUUUGGAGCUACCUCUAACGUGAAAAGUAGUUUCGGUUUGAAUACAAGUUUGUCCCCUUCUCUUUUAGAGACUGGGAAGAAAAACCAUCUGUAAACAACGCCUUUCAGCAACACUUCUAAUUCUAGACCAGAGAAACCUAGAUCAAAAUCUGAAGAUGGUGCCCUUUUCACACAUCAUAAUAUUGGGGCUGAAGUGAAGAAGAUCACUAACCACUCAUCUUCUAAUAAGCAGGUGCUUAUAAAUAAAAAUACAAGUGAACAGGAUAGUAUUGAUCACAUUAAAGAUACUGUUACUGUUAAAGAUACUGUUACUGAUAAACAGAAAUCACUGGGAGGCCGAAUCAAAAGGAAGAAAAUCGAGGAAGAAAGUGAAGAUGAAGUAAGCUGCCCCCAAGCCUCCUUUGAUAAAGAAAAUGCUUUUCCUUUUCCACCGGAUAGUCAUUCUUACAUGAAUGGAGACUAUGUGAUGGAUAAACCUCUGGAUCUGUCUGAUCGAUUUUCAGCUAUUCAGCGUCAAGAGAAAAGCCAAGGAAGUGAGAACUCUAAAGUCGGGUUUAGGCAAGUGACUCUCUCUGAGGUUUUGAAGCCUGUUCCAAAGGGCUCUUCCUCAAGCCGUAAGGCCUUGAGUGGGAGCUGUGGGUUAACCAAAGAUUCCCCAGAAGAGCCCAGCAGUUUACAGGAGUCCCUCCUCCAGUCCUUGAGUAAAUCUCCAGAUAAUAAAACACUGUUACAAAUAAAGGAAGAAAAUUCUAUCUUUAAAAUUCCUCUACAUCCACGUGAAAGUUUGGAGACAGAGAAUCUUUUUGAUGACACGAAGGGUGCUGGUUCUCGUGAGCCUCUAAAAAUAAAAACCAGGUCAGUCCAUGGAGCAUGUGAACUUGCAUCAGUUCUUCAGUUAAAUCCAUGUAGAAUUGCUAAAACAAAGUCUCUACAAAACAACCAAGAUGUAUCCUUUGAAAACAUCCAGGGGAGUAUAGAUCCAGGAGCAGACCUUUCUCAGUAUAAAAUGGAUAUCACUGUAGUAGAUACAAAGGAUGGCAGUCAGUCAAGAUUAGCAGGAGGAGAGACAGUGGACAUGGACUGUACAUUGGUUAGUGAAAGUAUGCUUUUAAAAAUGAAGAAUCAAGGGCUUCCCUGGUGGCGCAGCGAGCAGAAGGGAGAAAAAAGUCCAAAUGGAGAAAGAAAACUGAAUGAUAGCUUGGAAGAUAUGUUUGAUCGGACUACACAUGAAGAAUAUGAAUCCUGUUUGGUGGAUAGCUUCCCCCAACUAGCAGAUGAAGAGUUGUCAACUGCUACAAAGAAACCAAACUCUCCUGGUGAUAAACAAGAUAAAGUCAAACAGAAAGCAUUUGUGGAGCCAUAUUUUAAAGAUGAUGAAAGGGAGACUAGCUUACAAAAUUUUCCUCAUAUUGAGGUGGUCCGGAAAAAAGAAGAAAGAAGAAAAUUGCUUGGACACACGUGUAAGUAAGGUGAAAUUUUUUAUGCAGAUUUUCCAGCAGAAGAAAGAGAAAAGAAGUUGGUUUCCUGCUCAAGCCACCGAUUUCGCUACAUUCCACCCAACACACCAGAGAAUUUCUGGGAAGUUGGUUUUCCUUCCACUCAGACUUGUAUGGAAAGAGGUUACAUUGAAGAAGAUCUUGAUCCUUCUCCUCGUCCAAAAAGACGGCAGCCUUACCAUGCAAUAUUUUCUCUGAAAGGCAAAGAGCAGAAGACAUAAAUGUUGAAGCAAAAACAGGAGAGAUGACAAUAUUCUUUUUAUUUAUAGUUAAGGUUGGUAUUAAACGUUGAUUUUUUUGAUCUUCUGAAAACUGAUUUAUAAAUCAUUUUUCUAUUGAAAAUGUUUUUAAAUGGCAUUUACCCAUCACACGGACGACUAUUUAAAAAUGGAUAAGUUUAUGUCGUAUUUUCUUGCUUUUGCACCUUUGAAAUAACAAGGUGCUUUCAUUUUGCACUCUGAGUUAAAAGUUGUUUAUUACUUUAUUUGGUGAUACCUAAUUACAAUUUUGAAAAUACGAAAAAAUAGAAUCCUGCAGAUGUUUCCAGGAAUAAACUUUCGAUGAUGAUGGUAAUUCAAUCUUUCCUUCAGGGUCUUCAAAAAAAUGCUAUAUAAAAAACAUAUUAAGCUUUUUCUCCAUGUAAUUUUAUUAAAAUAAAAACAACUCUAUCCUAAUAAAAAAGAAUCAAUAUGCCAUUGUGGCAUAUUUGGGGGUGGCCCACCCUGAGCCUCAACAGCAGAGCAAAUGUUACCAGGGUCCGCGGAGAGGGGGCCACGAGGAGCUGUCGUUCAGUGAGUGCAGAGUUGCUGUUGGGAUGAUAAAAAAGUUUGGCGUAUAGAUAAAGUCCUUGUUAUACAGCAUUGUGAAUGUGUUUGAGCCCCUGGAUUGUAAACUGACAAAUGGAUAAAAUGAUAAAUAUUACGUUAUACAUAUUUUCUCAUAAUAAAACAUUGUUUUAAUCCCUGGGCAAGUGACAGAAAAUCCAGCCCAGACUUGCUUUAGCUGAAGGUCAAUAUAUCGGCCCCUGUAAGCUGGACAUCUGGUAGACAUCUGUUUGGGAAGCCCCCAAUCCCCACCCUAGCCGUCCUGGCCCUCCCCACCUCCCUCCACUCCCCUCAGCCUGUUUAUUAUUGUAAUGAGCAGAGCUUC